UCUAGGGUCGCGUGAUAAUGGACGGCCAAGAUCGUUCAGCUCUCAUCUAUCGUCCCAUUCAACUCCAUAAAUACUGACUAGGGUUUUUCUCUUAGGAACCCUUGCGUCCUCACCCUUAAGAAGCUAGCGCCGGCCGACCUCAUGGGGGCUUACAAGUAUGUUUCGGAGCUAUGGAGGAAGAAGCAAUCGGAUGUGAUGAGUUUCAUUCAGCGGGUGAGGUGCUGGGAGUACCGCCAGCACCCAUCCAUUGUUCGUGUCACGAGGCCUACGCGCCCUGAUAAGGCUCGCCGCUUGGGUUACAAGGCCAAGCAGGGAUAUGUGGUUUAUCGCGUACGUGUAAGGCGUGGUGGUCGGAAGAGGCCUGUACCGAAGGGUAUCGUGUAUGGUAAGCCCACAAAUCAGGGUGUUACCCAACUGAAGUUUCAGCGCAGUAAGAGGUCAGUUGCUGAGGAGCGUGCUGGUAGGAAGUUGGGAGGUCUGAGGGUUCUCAAUUCUUACUGGAUCAAUGAGGACUCUACAUACAAGUAUUAUGAAGUAAUACUGGUUGAUGUUGCACACAAUGCCAUCCGCAAUGAUCCAAGGAUCAAUUGGCUCUGCAAUCCAGUUCACAAGCACAGGGAGCUUCGUGGCCUUACUUCUGCAGGGAAAAAAUACAGGGGUCUACGUGGAAAGGGACACACACACCACAAAGCUCGUCCAUCUCGCAGGGCAACCUGGAAAAGAAACAACACCCUAUCACUUCGUCGCUAUCGCUGAGGCUAGUGACACUAUUACUGGGUUUUUGUUUAUUAUUGCUUGUUGGAUUUUGUUCAUAAGACCGGCGAGUUGUCAUUCAGAUUUCAAUCAUUCAAAACAAGUUUGUCAUUCGGAAUUCAGAAUUUUGUAGAGCUAAAUACUCAUCAUGUUCUGGUUUGAAACUUUUAUCUUCUGAGUUGUUAACAUGUUUCUUGGAUUAAUGCAUCUAUUAUUUCAGGGUA